AUGACUGUUUGUGAAGAAACACGUCAGGAACUGCCAGAACAACCAAAACAAACAGAACACGUGUUACAAAAUAGUCACGUGGAAUAUGAUAACAACAGAACACAGGACACAAGUCAUGUGACUAAGGAAGCAGCAUCUGUUGAACUUAGAAACUUGCAAAAGGCAAGAAGGGAACAAAGAUUACAAGAGAAAAAACGUAUGAAUUAUCAAGAAGAAACCAUAACAGAAUUCAGCACAGAAAAUCCUUAUACUAAAGAACUUAGUCUAGGAAUGAACCUUGAUGAUGAGAAAGCAGAGCAACCAAAUACAGAAAUUGAAGCUAAUGGUAGCUCCCCAAAUAACGAAGAAAUGGAACAACCAAGAACAGAAACUGAAAUGAAUAAUAGUGCAAAAAGCACUCAAUUCAUGCUUUCAGAAGAAACAAUACAAAAGGAAGCUGCAUUAAAUACACAAGAAAUAUGGCAAGAAAAUG